CAGUUGGGAUGGCCUGGGCCCGGCUCCUGCUCCUGCUCCUGCUGCUGGCGGCGGGGCCCGGCCUGCAGCUCCGGCCCGGUUUCCAGGAUCGGUCUCUUCUGUCGUCCUACGAAAUCAUCAUCCCGCAGAGGUUAGCACGAGAGCGGCGCGCUGCCCCUGGUUCCUCCGUAGCCCAGGCUCAGGACAAAGUGUCAUAUGUCAUUGAGAUCGAGGGGAAAGAGCACACGAUUCACUUAGAAAAGAACACACAAUUAUUACCCAAAGACUUCACAGUUUACAGCUACAAUGAGGAGGGGAAGUUGUACUCGGAAAACCCAGACGUCCGGGAUCACUGUCACUAUCAGGGAUACGUGGAGGGGAUACCAGAUUCUGCGAUUGCUGUCAGCACUUGCACUGGACUCAGGGGACUGCUGCACGUGGGAAAUGUCACCUAUGGAAUUGAGCCCAUGGACGACAACUCAGACCUCAAACACAUAGUGUACCGCUUGGAGAAUGUGCAGAAAGAGCCCAUGGUGUGUGGAGUGAGCAGCACCGACCUGGGAAGAGAGCACACAGAGUACGAGCAGCCUCCCGGCAUGACUCAGCUGCUGCGAAAUAAAAGAGCUGUUCUUCACCAGACAAGAUACGUGGAGCUGUUCAUCGUUGUGGACAAAGAAAGGUAUGAGGUCCAGGGUAGGAGCGAAGCUGCUGUGAGAGAAGAGAUGGUGCAUCUGGCCAACUGCCUGGAUAGCAUGUACAUCAUGCUGAAUAUCCGCGUCGUGCUGGUUGGCUUGGAGAUCUGGAAGUACCAAAACCUGAUAAGCACCGAUGGAAGUGCUGGUGAUGUGCUGGCCAACUUUGUGCAGUGGCGAGAGAAGAAUCUUGUGACUCGCCGGAGGCACGACAGUGCGCAGUUUGUUCUGAAGAAGGGGUUUGGCGGAACAGCAGGAAUGGCCUACGUGGGAACAGUGUGCUCCAAGAACCACGCCGGAGGGAUUAAUGUGUUUGGACAAAUGAGCGUAGAGAUGUUUGCGUCCAUUGUGGCACACGAGCUUGGCCAUAACCUGGGAAUGAACCACGAUGAUGAAAGAGAGUGCUACUGUGGCACCAACAGCUGUAUUAUGAAUUCUGGAGCAUCAGGAUCCAGAAACUUCAGCAGCUGCAGUGCUGAAGACUUUGAGAAGUUAACUCUCAACAAAGGUGGCAGCUGCCUGCUCAACGUUCCCAGGCCGGAUGAAACCUACAGCGUCCCGUUUUGUGGCAACAAGCUGGUGGAUACUGGGGAGGAGUGUGACUGCGGUUCCGCAAAGGAAUGUGAGAGGGACCCUUGCUGUGAAGCAGGGACUUGUAAACUCCGAGCGGGUGCUGAAUGUGCCUACGGCGACUGCUGUAAAAACUGUCGGUUCCUUCCAGGAGGCACCGUGUGCCGGGCAGGUAACAACGAAUGCGACCUCCCUGAGUACUGCAAUGGGACCUCCCAGUUCUGCCAGCAGGACUUUACGGUGCAGAAUGGAUACCCGUGCCACAACGAGGAAGCCUAUUGUUACAACGGGGUGUGCCAGUACUACAACGCCCAGUGCCAGGCUAUCUUUGGCCCAAGAGCAAAGGCUGCCCCUGACAUUUGUUUUGCUGAAGUAAAUUCCAAAGGUGACAGGUUUGGCAACUGCGGCUACCAUGGCAAUGACUACAGAAAGUGUUCCACCGGGAAUGCCAUGUGUGGGAAGCUACAGUGUGAAAACGUGGGAGCCCUGCCUGUGUUUGGGAUAAAACCCGCCACUAUUCAGACCCCCAUUGGACACACCACGUGUUGGGGUGUGGACUUCCAGCUGGGAUCUGAUGUUCCCGAUCCCGGAAUGGUGAAUGAAGGGACAAAAUGUGACACUGGAAAGAUCUGCAGACACUACCAGUGUGUAAGCGUCUCUGUUCUGAAUUAUGACUGUGACAUAGACAGCAAAUGCCACGGACAUGGGGUGUGCAAUAACAACAGGAACUGUCACUGUGAUGCAGGCUGGGCCCCUCCGUAUUGUGACUCGACAGGAUACGGGGGAAGUGUAGACAGUGGGCCUUCCUAUAAUGACAAAGACACCUCGCUGAGAGAUGGGCUUCUGGUCUUCUUCUUCCUGGUCCUCCCGCUGCUUCUAGUUGCUGUGCUGGCAUUUGCACGGAGAAACCAGCUGAAGCAAAGCUGCGGGAGACUAAUAUCACGCUGUCGCUCGUCCAAUUCCAGAUCGCAUCGAACUCCUCCUCCUCCCCCUCGACCUCCUGUAGAGACAGACCACAGGCACUUCCUGCAGAGCACGCCGUACAAUUCGAGAGACGUACCCACGAAUGUGCAGGCGAACCAGUGCCCUGUGCCAGCUUAUUCAGUCAAUCAGUAUCAUCAGCAUUACCAACCAGCCUAUCACCAGCCUUACUACCAUCCUCCGCAGUAUCAGGAGCAGCUGCAGCAGAAGUUACCAACCAGGCCGCCUCCACCGCAGCAGGGACAAUGCAUUCCUUCUCGGCCAGCACCUUUACCUCCCAAGUAGCCUUCGAGUCCUCCGCCCCUCACCCUGAGCACUGAAAUUGUAUGUUAUCCUCAUGCCGAGCAGCCUGUGAUUUCCCAGAAAGUCUUCCAUCUGCAGCAUUGGAUAAGGAAAAUGAGACUGAAUAAUAACAAGGACUGCAAAACUUUAAAAUACCUCUACCAAAGCUACAGGGACUGAAUACGUGAAGCCUGCUUUUAGCCCUGUAUGUGCAUCGUGGCUUUGCAAACUGACGUUGGACGAGCCAGUCGGAAGCUGUUCGGUCUGCAUCAAACAAUCCUUGAAGUGCAGCACUUGGGGAGUCCUUUGCUUUCCCCGUUUGUUGAAGAGACUUAAUCGUGGAGUUUUAAUGUGGGUUUUCUUAUGUUUUCAUUUUUGUGUGUAAAAUGGAGGAGGAACGAUUAACCGUGCGGGGUACAGCUGUCAAAAAUGGAACAGAGAAAAAUCGGGCCAGUUGAGGGAAACCACCCUGGUUUUGCAUGGACCGCAUUAUAUCCACUUAUACGUGACUCAGAGCACAAGUGAAAUAAUGUCUUGGUAUACUUUCAGAGGAAGAUAAUUUAUACUGUAAACGUGAGUGUGCGCGCGCGAGUGUGUGUAUGAUUGUUAGCGGCAUCUAACACUUCACUUUUUAAGCAGCAAAAAAUGGAUACUUCGUGCUGACUGAGACUAAGCUGUAGGGAAUGACAGACAGUAGAAGAGCCAAACUCAAGUGUUUUAGGUAAAAAAAUAAAAAU